CGCAUCACGGAGCAACACCGUGCAUAUCCUGCUCUACCGCCAGCCCAAGUAAGCCUGUCGGUCGCCUGGGUUAGUGUCGCGGUUGCAUGCAACCAUGGCUGAAACAUCGUCUUCAUCCAACGCGGCGAAAAGCGGCCAGAAUGCUGCACAGAAGCCCCCAGCCAGGCCGCAGAACCCUGUUUUCAAGAUGAUGGGACUUCCUAAUUUCACCUUCAGACUCCCCUCUCGGAAUUGGAUGAUAUUCCUCUCCAUCACCGGCUCCUUCACUGCCGCCUAUAUGUACGACCGUCGGCAAAAAAAACGUGCACAACAGAAAUGGUCUGACAUGGUCGCCCAUCUCUCCAAAGAGCUGCUGCCUUUGGAGCAAAAUCGGAGACGGCUCACUAUCUUCUUAUCUGCUCCUCCGGGAGACGGGCUUCGGCCUGCGCGGGAGUACUUCAUCGAAUACGUCAAGCCUGUUCUCGUAUCCGCCGCCCUAGACUACGAAGUGAUUGAGGGUAGAAAAGAGGGCGAUGUUCGCGCAGGCUUGGCAGAAAAGAUUCGUAGACAAAGACGACAAGCUGGCGAACGCACCUCCACGGUAGAGGAGCCAAGCAAGGAAUCUGCGAUUGCUGAGGUUCGGCAGAGAAUGGGCGUUACUGAGGAACCCGGGCCGAGGGGAGACAUUGUUAUUGGACGCCAUACGUGGAAGGAAUACAUUCGAGGCCUCCACGAAGGCUGGCUAGGUCCUAUGGAUCCUCCACCUCCAGCAUCGUCCCCGCCAUCCCAGCCAGAAGUUACGGACACAGUCGUCGACACUGUAGCUCAGUCAUCACCCGACAGCCCUACAGUCCAAAGCCUAGAUGCAGUUAUUUCGCCAGAAUCGGAGGAAACGAGCCCUGGCGAAUCCAACGAAGACAAGAAGAAAGAGGAAGAAAAAAAGAAGGAAGAAGAAGAGAAGAAACCCAAACGACCGACCCCAGCAUAUAUCUCGGCUACACAAUAUUCAACGCAAAACAUUGCUUCCACUACCCCUGCUAUCUUUGAAGCAUCUGCACCUAUACAAUUUCCGCACUUGCUCGGAUUUUUAAACACACCAGUUCGUAUUUAUCGCUUUUUGACAAAACGCUAUCUGGCGGAUGCAGUAGGUAGAGAAGUAGCGGCUGCUGUUCUCGCCUCUGCAAGCAGACCCUAUCUUGAGGGUGAGGGUGAUAUCGUGUCGGACCCAUUAGACGGCAUUUCCGCUGAGACUAUUUCGCAACGAGCCUACGAGCAACAAACCCUUCUUGAGCACGAAGAGAAGGAAUGGCACAAAUCUGUUCGCAAGGAAGCCGAGGCUCGAAAGCACCAUGCAGAAAAUGACAAUGUCCCCAGUGUCAAUGAUGAGGAAAAACCCAAAUUGCUCGAAGAAGAACGAGAAUGGAUUGAUGAUGUCGUAAUCGACCCUCGUAUCGCUGCCCGUAUGCAUCGAUACAUCCUCUCUCCUGAAGAGGAGGAACGUGCCAAUCGCAUUGCCGAAGGGCAAGAAUGGAUUUUGGGCCAAGGCGAGAAGCCUACGCCGCUAACAUUCUGGCAGCGUGUUUGGAUUGACUACGGCUAUGGUGAAGACCCAGAAUUGGCCAAGAAGAAGUCCAUCAUUGGUAACGUCGAUAACGAAGAUGCAUAGUAAACUCCUUGGAUUGUUUUCGAUGUUCAUGUCGACGAUUCAUACUGUACUUAUUCCAAGGCUUUCUUUCGACCCAUUUGUAUAUUAUCAAUAAACAUUUACCGCCCUUGUUUGUACUAGUACUUAUGCAUGUUGGCACGGAGUUCAUUUUUGUGUAGAAUUCCUUUACACCAUGAUAGAAGUGAUACUAUUAGCAUAAUCUAUACUCAUAUUAGCUGUUACAUCGCAUAUCAAUCGUUUUGUCAAAUUCAA